CGCCUAGCCAUCACCCGGGAGGCCGUGCGGUGGUGUAUCGGGUGGAGCAUUCCAUUGAGAGCGACGGAAGUGUAGAAGAGGGGACCGUGUAAGCUCUCAUCAAGAUCGAAAGUCGUGUGUAAUGAAUAAUGCUAAUUCCAUGUAGAAACUCGACACGAUCAAUAAACGAACUGGAUCUCAACUACGUAAUGGAGAAUGGACGACGAUAUUGCGGCUCAUAUUACAUGCCUAACGACGACGACGAACAAGUUCGACUGCAGCUAAUGAAUCAGGUUUAUCUGAAAACAUUCGACGGCGAAUUAACGAGCGUCCCUCUCGAAGCGCCGACUCAUAUCCUGGAUAUCGGCACUGCCGUCGGCGAAUGGGCUAUAGAUAUGGCUGAACUGUAUCCCGACUGUGAAGUAACUGGUACUGACAUCUCCAAUAUUUUUGAACGCCGAGUUCCGCAAAAUAUCUUCUGGGAAAUCGACGAUGCCGAGCUGGAGUGGGAACGGCCACCGAAUCACUAUGACUUAAUACAUAUAAGAGACUUACAAGGAUCGUUCUCCGAUUGGCAUCAUAUUUACCGAUCUGCUUUCCACUGCAUCAAGCCGGGAGGAUGGAUCGAAGUGCUGGAUUUCGAUGAUCAUCGAGGGAUGAGCAAUCUUCGCUCAUUCUUCGAGCCCGAGUCUUUAGUACAUAAGGCAUUGCGCGACGUUAAUGAGGCCGCUGUGAUGCAUGGAAGGCAACGUGGGAUCGCCCAUCUGGAACCUAGGUUUUUGGUUAAUGCGGGUUAUGUUGAUGUCCAACUUACUGAGCACGCCAUCCCUCUUAGGACCGAAGACGGCUCUACCGGAAAGUUUUGGCUUCUAGCCAUGCUAAAUGGAUGCGAAUCGAUAUUGCUACGGCUCCUGACAAAGUAUAAAGGGUGGGAGCCUGAGCAAGUCCGUUUAGCUUGCGAGCAGAUCGGCGAAGAGAUGAUGGCCAUGGCACUUAACUCUCAAAGAGCAAAGGGGUUCGUUGCUAAGGUCAGGGUAUUGAAGGGGAGGAAACCAAGCCCAUACAACCGGUGGUCCAGAUUACCGUCCCGCGAACCUAUUCCCGUGAUUCAGGAGAAGUACAUAGAUAUGCUGGACGAUACCGAUGCGGAUGAAAGUAAUCUGGCAGAUGGAUUCACGGACGGAGGAAGCGGUUUUUGCUCCUUCCCAUCUCGCGGCCCGACAAGCGUUGCGAAUAGCAAAUCGCUUUGUUCGGGUUAGAACCAGAACUCUCGAACAACUGAGGCAAUAUUAAGAUAGAGCAGACAUGACGGCACCGCUGGCAUAAUAUUUAAUUUGAAGCGGUCA